AUGGACUCCACUGGCCUCUCAACCUCAUCCCGCCCAGUCACCACCUCCUGUCGGCCCUGUCGAGCCUCCAAGCGUCGGUGUGACCGGGCCAAGCCCCGGUGCUCGACCUGCCAGAAGGGCGAGAAGCUGUGUGUAUAUGACACUGAGGCCAAACCACGCAAACGAAAAUACUGGGACGAGGAUUACGUUCGCUCUCUGGAGCAUCAGGUCCAGACUCUGCUGGCGCUGCAGGAAAACCGCGGCCAUUCGAUCUCAUCGGCAUCGGAUCCCUCUUCCAUUGUAGACUGUGACGCAUCAGGCGCAUCGGAUGCCGAGAUCAACAUCCCGCAUGUGAAAUCCCCUCGUCGCUCCAAGCCCGCAGAUGACGGAAACAUCGAGGACCGAUCCUCGGUUGCCAUGGAGGAGCUGAGCACCAUGAUGUGGCGGACGAACCUAGGCGACGGGGUGACCAUCGUCAACGAGGAGCAUGGCAAACUGGCCAUUGCCAAUGCAGAAAGGAGACAUCCUGCCCAACCGGACUUCCAGCUGCCACUCGAGAUGGUCCCCUACUGCGCAGACCGUGGCCGUCUCCACCGACUGGCCCGUCUGUUCCUCGAAAACAUCAACGGUGAGCAUCAGUUCACCCCGUAUAGAUCCACCGACUUUCUCGUCGAUUAUCCGAAUCAGCCCCGGGACCAGGUCUUCCUGCACAGUGCGAUGCUCGCCACGGGAGCGACCUUUGAACAGGCACCGGACUCCCUGCUGGUAGGGGACACCUUUGCCGGCCUCUGCGAAAGCCUCGCCUUUACCUGCGUCCGGCAGAAUCCAUCCCUCUCCCUCAUCCGGGGACUCUGUAUUCUCUCCUGGCGCUCUCUGGCCCUUGGACGCGACCAGUUCGGGUGGAUCUUCCUGUCCAUGGCCGCCGGCAUGGCGGUCCACUUGCGUCUCCAUGUGCUUGCCCUGGGGGAGUUCGCAUCGCCCUCGGAUCGAAUGGGCUUACAGGAAGUACAGACCUUCUGGUCAUUCUUCAUGACGGAUCGGACCUCGAUCUCUAUUCUGGGCCGCAAUUGCGUCCUGCCGUGGCGGCGUGUCAACGUUCCCCCCAUCGAGGCGUUUACUGCCGGCAACCAGGGAGAUCUGAUGAGGUUAUCGUUUGCCUGGCAGUGCAAGAUGUGGCAUAUGCACGAUCGCAACAUGGAUCAAAUAUUCUCGCACGCAUUCGAAAAGCUCAGCUUCUCCAGCCAGGUCCAACUGCUCAUCUCGACCCACGAGGAUCUAAAUACAUUCAUCAAGUCCUGUGACGAGCGCCUGCGGAUGAACCGCGGCAUCACGCCCAAGCCCGUGCUCCUUUUCCAUAUGGCAUACCAGAUGGCCAUCCUGGUGACCAUGCCGCCUUUCCUGCAGCUCUUCAUCAGGAUUAAAAACAAGCGGCUCGAUGCCUCCAGUGCCAUGUCUCUCGUUCUGCGGUCGAUCAGCAAUGCGUCCUCGUCGAUGGUCCGCUUGGUCCAUCUAUACCGCCAGCACUAUGGGUUCCGCCAUGCAAACCCGCUGUUGAUCCACCAUCUCCUCAGCGCGGCGAUCGUGAAUCUGAUGAAUACCACGUCGAAGUCGCUCGCCUUGCGACGACACAGUACCCGCUCGGUGCGGAAGUGUCUGACCCUGCUGCAGGAGCUGAGGCUGCUCUGGCCUGUACGAUGUGACAAGAGUAUCGCCGUCAUCACAGCGUUGGCCAAGCGAUGGGGUGUGGAGUAUGCGCUACAGUCCCAAUUCGAGACGCCGCUUGAAGGCGACACUUGCGUUACCCAGCACCCCGAGAGGCAUCUUCCACCCUCUACUAGUGGGCUAUACCCGACGCCCGAUCUCCUCCCCCCCGAAGCCUUUGGCGCGAACGAAACCCUCGGCUACGCGGGCCAACUGAUCCCAGACUGGGACUUCUCCGCCGAUCAACCACUCCUGGGCGUGGCCGACGUCGACAUCUUCAGCUCCCUGCAGGGGUUCGAAAACAUUGAUGAUUUGGGCUGGGCCUUCUGA